AAAAACCCCUCCGUGUUAAACCCCCCCAACCCACCUUUUCACAUUGGCAUCAGCUUCAUCAAUGGCGGACCAACCUGAAACCCCAACAAUGGAAACCCUAGACCCACAAACCCCUUCUCCUUCUUCUUCUUCUUCUACUAUUUCUUAUUCAAAGCCAACAAACCCAAGUGUUCAAAAUCAAAACCCUUCACCAAUGCCACCAUCACUGACAAGGCUAUGGAGACCAGCCGCGCAGCGAAAUCUCCGAAACCAGUGGUCCAAAUUGGUUUCCUGUAGGAAACAAUGGGUUUCUUCUUCUUCUAGUGGAAAGUCCCACGCUACCUCUCUCGUCAAUGCCCAUCUCUCUCAGAGAUACAUGCCUUCAAUGGAGCUGGGUGUUCUAAGUGACAUGCUCAAUAUAAGAAAGAAAGCGGGUCAGAAAUUGUUUAAGCAGCAGGAAACUUUUCAGAGCAAACUUUUAUCAUCAUACAAAGACAUGGUGGCUGCUGUAACUCAAAUGGUCAAUGCUAGCAAAUCCAUGAGAACUUUUCUCAAAGGGCCAAGCAAUAGUGCGCUUGUACAAUUUUCUAGCUUUUCUGGAGAUCAGAAUGACUCUGGAGAUGGUGGUGGAAUUCCAGUCUUUGCAUUUUGGUCAAUCUCUUCUCAUGAGCAAUUGGCAGAGGAGCUUGUUCAGAUGUUUAUAAUGGAACUAAAUUUGAAGGUAGUUGUAUUUUUCUUUGACCACAGGGAAAUUUUGUUUAAUUUGAACAUUUUCAGUUAUAUUUCUUCUUUAUCGAUAACUAGUAUUGUUUGGUCUGGGCAGCGGUUGCUGGUACUAGAGUUACUGUCUACUAGUUGUAACGAUCCACAGGUGAAUGGGUUGCAUUGGUCAGAUCAGCUUUAUCCAGGAGAAUUUGAUCAUUUGAGUAUGUGCAACCUUUUUUCUCAAGAAACUUGUGAGCCAGUCCCACCAAAAUUGAUGGAUUUGAAAUCUGAUGCAUCCACUGUACGAAGUAAUAACCAGCCAAACCCUGAGGUUUUGCAGGUUUAUAUAACAACAUGGCUUGCAGAGGUGAACAUAGAUACUCUUAGGGUUGAUGAAAUAUUUGCUGUAAUAGGGGAAGAAAUGCAUCUUAGGCUUACAUGAGCUAUUCUCUUGGCAAAAGACUUAUUGGAUUAAAUUUAUCUGACCUCCCCAGACCAUGAAGGAUGUUCUGUUUUCACUACAUCCAUUGUAGACAAUGAGAAUGUGAAUGUAAUCAUCGCUGAAUCUCUUGCAUUGUAAAGCAUGUUAUUCUUCACUUUGCAGAAGUAGCAAGAGAAGGAAGUCCUACCAUAGAGUUGUCUCCAGGCUAUGGAUUAUUUUUUCCCACCAGCAAUGUUUUACUGUUGCAGUCACAAUGGCAGUUUUACUUCCAUUAAAACCAAGCCUAGAACCAAGACAAAUGAAGAUGAAACAGUUGGCGUUUGGUUAUAUAACUAGAAGAAAGCUACUAACAGGAAUUCUUAAAAAUUUAUGUGGACAUUGAAUCAAAUAUAUGUCUUGUUUGUAGAGGAACAUUGUACAGCAAAAUAUAUGCUUUGGGGGCUAGAUCUUCACUGUUUUGUUCAUUUGGCCACCAGAACAUGGUAACUGAUACAUGAUUCGGCAGUGUAUCAUUUCAUUAAUGCAGGGUUAACAGAACUAUCAUUGUCAUUUUUCCAUUUCAAAAUCGCAGGGUUUAUUAUUUUUGAAA